CUGCGGAGGGGGGGGGACGGGACAGCCUCAGAGUUCACCCCAGCUUCAGUGCACGCAGACGGGGAGGACAGUGGAAUGAAAACGGGCCGCUUCUGGAAGAUUUUUCAUUCAUUAUUUUAACCGAUAAGUGAGAGGACUCGAGCGCAGACAGAAUGGGUGUGUACGAAGAGAAGAAGGAAACAUGUGGAACUAUCUGCCUCAAGUAUCUCCUGUUUACCUUCAAUUUUCUCUUCUGGCUGGCGGGCGGUGUGGUGAUGGCUGUGGGCGUGUGGACCUUGGUGGAGAAGACCGACUACAUCAGCCUGCUGCCCUCCAAGACGUACGCGGCCUCGGCCUACAUCCUGAUCUUGGCCGGAGCCAUCGUCAUGGUAACAGGCGUGCUGGGCUGCUGCGCCACCUUCAAGGAGCAGAGGCGGCUGCUGCGGGUGUACUUUGUCCUGCUGCUGUGUAUCUUCCUGCUGGAGGUUCUGGCUGGAGUCCUGGCUUACAUCUACUACCAACAGCUGAACGAGGAGCUGAAGCAGAGCCUGAGGGACACCAUGAUCCAGAAGUACGAGAGGACCAACCAGGAACACAUCACCAGAGCCGUGGACAAGCUGCAGCAGGAGUUCAAGUGCUGCGGGAGCAACAGUUCUGCGGACUGGGCGGCCAGCGAGUGGAUCCGCUCCCAGGCCGGGAAGGGCAGACUGGUGCCGGACAGCUGCUGUAAGACCCCCAGCCCCAUGUGCGGAGAGAGAGACCAUCCCUCCAACAUCUACAAGGUGGAGGGCGGCUGCAUCACCAAACUGGAGACGUUUAUCCUGGAGCAUCUCAAGAUCAUUGGAGCGGUGGGCAUUGGCAUAGCAUGUGUACAGGUGAUCGGGAUGGUGUUCACGUGCUGCCUGUACAAGAGCCUGAAGGUGGAGCCGUAUUAGUAGAGCAGCCCCGUGUCUGCUCCAGCCUUUGGUUUUAGUGUGAGCAGAUCCACACAGGAGCUGGAGAGGAGUAAUUAGACUUCUUCAUCUGUGAGCACUGUGAGACAAAACCACCCCAGGAUCACUGGGACUCAAGACACUCUUCACUCCACUCCACUCUGCAUCGUCUACAUGAGUUUGACCCACUUAAAGGGCCUGUACCUGAUUUCCAUUUCUUCUGUUUAACAUAAAAAGGUUUUAUAUUAUGCAGUGUAUUGUAAAUAUAGAUAAUUUUGAUGGAUAAUAACUAAGCCACUGACAGGGAGGCUCGUUUUCCUCCAAUCAGGCACAUUGUUUGUUUAGAAUCAUGGGAAACUGCCUGACAGUAUGGCAGACAGUUAAUUCUGUCAUGGUACAUUUUUUUUAGCAGUGCAUUUCCCCAGGUGGGUGUAAAUGAAUGAAAAUAUGAAUUUAUAAAUACAAAUAAAUGCAUUUUAUUAUUUUUACAAAAGUACAUUUUUAAACCUCACUGUAACUUAAAGGGACUAUCUUACACUAUUUUCUGAUCUAUGUUCUGUUGUUUCCUCAUCACAAACAGACCUGGAGUUGUGUUUUUUUGUUUCAUUCACACACGUUUAACGGACAAAUCCUGUAUAUUUAGGCUGAGUUCUUCUCUCCCACUUUGUGAUGUCUUGUAGUAAUACAAGAAGUGCCCUACUGUGUUUUUAAAAUUCAUACCCUUUCAUUUCAUUUGGCAAUCAUUGGCAGUUCCAGGAAUAAAAUCAUCCAUCUUGACUAAACAAAAUGUUAGAGCUAAACUUGAGAGCUACCACUGCAUGACAUCACAAGGUGGAGCAGAGUGUUUUGAGCUUUGGAGAUGUACACAGACUAGUAAUAAAGGGUUACUCAAACGUGUGAAUGAAACAAAACAAAACUUAAGGUCUGUUUUGGAUGAGAUAACAACAUUCUAACCUGUCUUAAAGCUCAUAAGAGUCCAUUUUGCAUAAUAUACGACCUUUCACAUAAAUUUGGACUAUAGAAUUAUAGAUUUAAAAGCUUAAUACCACUAUUGGCAACAUCAGCAAGACAAAUAUUGAAUUUCGGUAUUGGCUCCCAAAACCAAAAUCCGACCAUCCUUAUUUUUAGAAGGUAGGGACUGGGGAGAGUGUUAUCGUUUCCACACAGUUCACAAACCGUAUUUUCUGUGUCAUGAUGGACUAAGUGGGCGGGGCUACGGUUCACACUCAAACGUGUUCAAAUCAGGUACAGGCCCUUUAAAAAAAGAGAGGAGCGAAACUGGCACUUUGUUCAUCUACUAACCUGCUGGACAUUCAUUAUCCUGUAGUAAGCCAUACUUUUAAGAGAGGCCUUCUAACCCGUGUAAGUGUUUGUGCUUUUGAAAUCAGCUGAGGAUCAAAACUACAGACUUUUAUUAACUUGACUGAAUUUAUUUUUGUUACUUACUUUUACAACCGCUUCAAACUGUGCAGUAACUAUGCAAUCGAUGAGCGCCGGGGACGAUAAUGGAACGGAAGAAGCCAGUAUGUCAGUAUAAUUAGGAACUUUUCUGUAGGGAGAUGUCAUUUCUUUGCCUGAAAUAUUCCACAAUAUGGCAUUAAAUGUGUCAGUUCAAUUAUAGGUGGUUUAUUGCAAAAACAAUCCAAUAUAUUUUUACUGACAGUGGCUUGCCUCUCCGUACAUCUGACCAGUACUGAUAAUACAGUGUUGGUAAAGUGUUAGUAAAGCCAUUAAAUCUCCAUGGAGACGAGCAGGAAUCAGACAUCCCUAUCAGAAAAGUUACACAUUGUACUAGAGCGAACAUUCUACUGGCUACGAAUAAUGGAAUGUGUCUUCGCUGUGUUGAUGAUCUGUAUAACGCUGGGUUUUUGAUGGUGAUUUACGGUUGAUCUGAUGUGUUUCUCAGACUUGCGUUACCCAGAAUCCUUCUCUCCAGUUCCAUUACUGUGGUUUAAACAAGCUGCUUUUUGGCAUUUUGACCUCAAGUGUCUUCUUAUAUGUGCAUAUGACAGGUUUGAAUACUCGCUUCACUAAAACACGAUUAUGUUUCAAAUCUUCCUAAAAAUCCUGGCUAUUUUUUUAAUUUUUUUAUUUACAACACGGGCAGCAGACGUGACUGGUAAUUCUGUAAUCAUUACCCAGCAACCAUAACAUUAACAACGGCCAAAGCUCGUACGAUUUAUACCAGGGGUCUCCAACCUGUUCCUCGGGAGUUACUGGUAGAUCUCGCCCCCCCUUCCAAGUAGUUCGCCAAGGGAUUUCUGAAUUAAGUGCCUGUUUACCAUUUAAAAUCUAUCAUUCUAAAGCCUUAGCCAGGCGGGUGCCUCCGCUCAAUUUCAUUUCUCUUCAGCAACUUGGUCAGGAAUCAGAAUACACUAGACGGUUCACAAAAACCCUGGAAGUGCAAGUUCGGGCACCACCCAAUCAGCAAAGAGUCAUAUAUUCAGUGUUGUCAAUGAUUCCCGAGAACGAGGAUUUAGGCAAGGCAAGUUUAUUUGUUGAACACAAUUCGUACACAAAGUAAUUCAAUGUGCUUUACAGAAUAAGAAAUACAUUAAAAUCACAAUAAAAAUAAAUCAAAACAUAAAUAAUCACUGAAUUAAAGAUGAAAAUUAAAAAAAGAGAGAGAGACAUUAAUUACAUAAAUUAGAAGAGUGCGGAAUGAAAACCUUUCAGUUAUAUGCACAGUGAAACAGAACCGUUUUGAGCCUGGAUUUAAACAGUGUCAAAGAAGAGGCCUGUCUCACAUGUUCAGGAAGACUUCCAGGUUUUAGCUGCAUGAACCUGAAACUCUGACUCCCCUUGUUUAGUCCUGACUCUGGGCACCAGCAGGAGGCCGGUCCCUGAGCUCCUCAGAGUGCGAGAUGGUUCAUAUGGCACUAACAUGUCACAGAUGUACUCAGCCAUGGAGAGACUUGUACAUUUAAAUCCGGAACAAAGAGAAUGUUUGGUGAAUUUCAUCAAGGAGAAAGACAUUAUUGUCCUUCUUCCUACAGGAUUUGGGAAAAGCUUAAUAUACCAGUUAGCCCCGUUAGCGACGCAUUACAUAUGUCACGACCAAAUAGCAGCGAUUGGUUAAAUGAUAAAAAGUACCCGCCUACCGUCGAGCGACCGAAAUCUAAGGCUGCGAGGUCAGACGGUUUGUACAAAGUGAAACAAAGUAAAACCGGCUGAUGAAUCAAGCUACUGAAGCCUAUCUUUGCGCACUAAUAAAUGUAUAAUAGUUGUGUUUAUAGGCAUCAAACUGUACCCCGUCUAAUUUACUAAAAUGAGCAGCUCUUUUGCAUUUUCGUUUUGGAACAGUAGCUCACCAGAGAAAAAACGUUGGAGACCUCUGAUUUACCCAAUAUUUAUGAGUAAACUAAUGAGAAUAAAUGAGCCACCUUGAAGGCUCAAAGCGCUUUACAUUAAGGAACCACUCAUCCAUUCGCAGACACAUUCAUACACCAAUGUACGCAGACACUGAGGGCGACGUGGGUUAAGUGUCUUGCCAACGAACGCAAUAACAGUAUUCAUCUGUAGGAGCUGGAAAAGAACUGCCAACCUUUAGAUCAGUAGUCACCCAACUCGUCAGUACUCCUCUGUUUUUGUGCUGCUUUUGUCAACUUUUUUCUUUUUUCCCUACAAAUUGAAACUGAUGUUAAAACUUUGAUAAAUAUCGAGCACAGGUACGAUCCCACCAAACCAAGUCCGAAUCAGAAAACCGUACAAACCUGUCAUAUGCACUUGAACCAGUCCACAGCUCCCGGUCGGCUCCGUAACGUCUCCGAGACUGAACUCUGACCUGCGUAAAUCGUCCGUACCUCCAUACGCCAAAGUACUACUGUAUCCCUACGCCUUAUCUACUGACUUUUUUACAUUGUUUUGAUAAAUGAAGAUUGUGUUUGCUUUUCUAUUACUUUAUAUUGUAAGUGUUUUAUUUAACUACAAACCACUGUAGUGAAUGUUCUGCCUGUUUCCUGUGCCUGAGAAAGACCACUACCGUAUGAACCCACUGUAUUUGUAUAUGUAGCUUUUGAUUUGAUUACACAUUCCACUAAGAAUCACUCGCUCUGUACUGUUGUUUUGUAUAUUUACAAGUACUAUUCCAUAAAUAAAAAUAAAGUGCAUUCGUUUUAGUAA